AUGUCGGAGACAAAGGAAGUCGACUACUCCCUCAACAACCCGGAUACUCUCACCAAGUACAAGACCGCGGCUCAGAUCUCCGAAAAGGUCCUGGCCGCUGUGUCUGAGCUCUGCGUGCCCGGCGCAAAAAUUGUCGAUAUCUGCCAGCAGGGUGACAAGCUGCUCGAAGAGGAGCUUGCCAAGGUCUACCGUGGAAAGAAGAUCGUCAAGGGUGAGUAUCAUGCGUAUUCUCAGCUUAGCCUCUGUUCUGCGGCACGAUGGCUGAUGACGUAUAAAAGGUUUCUCUCACCCGACCACUGUUUCCCCUUCGUCUUACGUGACCCCCUACACUCCCCUCACCACUGA